AUGAUACAUAUACUGACGUCCCACCGCGUCGUCCUCGGGGAACACGACCGCUCGUCCAACGCCGAGGACAUCCAGGUGAUGAAGGUGUCCCAGGUGUUCAAGCACCCCCGCUACAACGGCUUCACCAUCAACAACGACAUCCUGCUGGUGAAGCUGGCGACCCCCGCCCAGCUCGGCGUGCGCGUGGCCCCCGUGUGCGUGGCCGAGUCCGGGGACAACUUCCCUGGAGGCAUGAUGUGCGUGACCAGCGGCUGGGGCCUGACCCGCUACAACGCCCCUGACACCCCCGCCCUUCUGCAGCAGGCAGCCCUCCCCCUGCUGACCAAUGAGAAGUGCCGCGGUUACUGGGGCAACAAGAUCACCGAGCUGAUGAUCUGCGCCGGAGCGUCUGGGGCGUCUUCCUGCAUGGGCGACUCCGGCGGUCCACUGGUCUGCCAGAAGGCCGGCGCCUGGAGCCUGGUCGGCAUCGUGUCCUGGGGCAGCGGUACCUGCACUCCCACAAUACCCGGCGUGUACGCCCGCGUCACCGAGCUCCGCGCCUGGAUGGACCAGACCAUCGCCGCCAACUGAGCUUCCCUCUGAACCUCUUCAUCAAUAAAUCUCACAAACU